AUGAUUAACACGUCCAUCUACCUGCAGUGGAUCAACACGGGGCAGAUCACGUGCGUGGAGGACGGCGGGCACAGGCGGCCCAAUCGCCAUGCGGAGAUCUCCCGCCGCAUCUUCCGCUGGCUGGAGAAGGAGGGCACCAGAGGUUCUGCGCUCACCUCCGAGGAGAAAGUGGUGAUGCGCAAGAUCCAUCCGCGCCUGCCCGCCUUCUCUGCUGACUUCACGGCGUCGGUGCCCCUCACGCGCAUCCGCGACAUCGCCCACCGCAACGACAUCCCACACGACCUCAAGCAAGAGAUCAAGCACACGAUUCAGAACAAGCUGCACCGCAACGCUGGACCCGAGGAUCUAGUGGCCACGGAGCUGCUGCUGCGCCGGGUCACUCGCACCCCAGGAGAAUACAGCGAGGCGUUCGUGCAGCAGCUCAAGCUGUUCUACGCUGAGCUGAAAGACUUCUUUAACGCGAGCAGUCUGACGGAGCUUCUGGAGAGCAUUCGCCCCUCACUGGACGACACCGGCGCUGCCAUGCUGCAGAACUUCCUCGCGUGCAAGCAGAACGUCGAUGCACUGCCAUCUUCGGCAGGGGCAUCAGGAGAGUCAUCACAGGGGGGGGCAGCGUCCGGGCGGCCAACUGACGUGCUGAUGUCAGCGCUGCAUGCGCUGACAGGGCUGCGGGCCGUGCUGAUGUAUUCGCUGGAGAGCGGGCUGAGGAACGACGCCCCGGAUGAUGCCAUUGCCAUGCGCCAGAAGUGGCGACUGGCGGAGAUCUGCCUCGAGGAGUAUUUCUUCGUGCUGCUCAGCAGGUUCUUGAAUGAGUUGUUUGACGAGGAAGGGGGAGACAAGGCAGCGGAGGGCAUGGCGGGGGAGAUCCGCAUGGGGCAGCUGGGGCACGUGGGGGUGGCGCUGGGGGCGGCAGUUCUGGGGCUGAGGCACCUGGGGCUGUCGGGGUGGAACCAGGCGGAGUGCUUCUGCCUUGAGAACGAGCUGGCGUCCUGGCAGGCCGCUGGCAUCGGCAGCGCAGGUGUGGCAUCAGAGCACGACCUGCGGUGGUGGGCGCUGAGGAUCAAGGCUUCUCUGGACCGCAUGAGGCGACUCACGGAGGCAUUCACCGAGACCACGCUCGAGCUCUUCUUCGAGCCCUCGCAGAAGCUGGGCCACGCACUGGGAAUCGAGGAGAACGCAGUACGGACUUUUGCAGAGGCGGAGAUCCGAUCCAGUGUGGUGUUUCAGCUGGCGAAGCUCACCUCCCUGCUGCUGCGUGUGAUGCGAUCCGUGCUGGGAGCCGAGGGCUGGGACGUGCUUGUUCCUGGCACUGCUGUGGGGAAGCUCGUGGAGGUGGAGCGCAUUGACCCUGACCUCCUCGCUACAUUGAAGGGGGAGCAGGGGGUGGUGCUGCUGGUGCAGCGUGCGGAGGGAGACGAGGAGGUGAAGGCAGCAGGCGCCAACCUCAAGGCUGUUGUGUUGCUGCAGGAGCUGCCGCACCUCUCCCACUUGGCUGUCAGGGCCAGACAGGAGGGUGUGCUGCUCAUGACUUGCGAGGAUGAGAACCGAAUCACCGCCCUUCGCUCCGCUGUUGGCUCUCGAAUUCGCCUCGAAGCAGGAGUGGAAGGGGUGAAGGUCAUAACAGGAGCUGCUGUGGAUCAGCGCUCCUCUGCAGAUGCUACCACCAGCAGUAGCAGUGGGAAGAGCGAGGAUGAAGUGUGGGUGCAGGCACUGAAACCGCAACCUAUUCGAGUGCAGGAGGCACGGCUGCCAGUGCUGCCGCUGCAUGAAGCCCAGCUGGCCACAUGUGGGGCCAAGGCGCAUGCGUGCGCCAAGCUUGAGGAGCUCUCAAUCGCCUCCACCUUUGCAGGUGCUGACUUCUCCGUCCCCCGCUCAGCUGUGAUCACCUUUGGGGUAAUGGAUGAGGCCAUCACCGCUUCCAACCGUCGCACACUCUUGCAACCCCUCCCUCUGUACCCGUAUCCUUUCCCUUCCAUCAGGCCAUCACCGCUUCCAACCGUCGCACACUCUUGCAACCCCUCCCUCUGUACCCGUAUCCUUUCCCUUCCAUCAGGUGCUGACUUCUCCGUCCCCCGCUCAGCUGUGAUCACCUUUGGGGUAAUGGAUGAGGCCAUCACCGCUUCCAACCGUCGCACACUCUUGCAACCCCUCCCUCUGUACCCGUAUCCUUUCCCUUCCAUCAGGCCAUCACCGCUUCCAACCGUCGCACACUCUUGCAACCCCUCCCUCUUUACCCGUAUCCUUUCCCUUCCAUCAGGUGCUGACUUCUCCGUCCCCCGCUCAGCUGUGAUCACCUUUGGGGUAAUGGAUGAGGCCAUCACCGCUUCCAACCGUCGCACACUCUUGCAACCCCUCCCUCUGUACCCGCCAUCACCGCUUCCAACCGUCGCACACUCUUGCAACCCCUCCCUCUGUACCCGUAUCCUUUCCCUUCCAUCAGGUGCUGACUUCUCCGUCCCCCACUCAGCUGUGAUCACCUUUGGGGUAAUGGAUGAGGCCAUCACCGCUUCCAACCGUCGCACACUCUUGCAACCCCUCCCUCUGUACCCGCCAUCACCGCUUCCAACCGUCGCACACUCUUGCAACCCCUCCCUCUGUACCCGUAUCCUUUCCCUUCCAUCAGGUGCUGACUUCUCCGUCCCCCGCUCAGCUGUGAUCACCUUUGGGGUAAUGGAUGAGGCCAUCACCGCUUCCAACCGUCGCACACUCUUCCACCGCCUCGUCGCCACCCUCGACGACCCGAACCUGCAAGGAAGCGUCCUCGACAGCACCUGCACCCAGAUCCGUACUCUCCUAGAGGAAUCCCCCCUUCCCCCGGCCUUCUUCCGAACCCUCUCGUAUAUUUUCUCCGCAAACGCUCGCCUUAUCGUCCGCUCGAGCGCCAAUGUGGAGGAUCUGGCUGGCAUGUCCGGAGCUGGGCUGUACGAUUCCGUACCUGAUGUCACCCUCUCCGACCCUGCUUCGUUCGGCCGAGCCGUAGCCUCGGUGUGGGCGUCCCUGUUCACGCGGCGCGCGGUGCUGAGCCGGCGGGUGGCGGGCGUGCGUCAGAGCGAUGCGGCUAUGGCGGUUCUAGUCCAGGAAUUAAUCUCCCCACCGGACCUUAGCUUCGUGCUUCAUACCAAGGGAAUUGGCGCUGGUGCUGGAGGCGCUCUGGUCGUUCCCAGUCCCCGACUUGCUAACAGCAGCAGUGGCAGUGGCAGUGGCAGUGGCAGUGGCAGUGGCAGUGGCAGUGGCAGUGGCAGUAACGGGAAAGCGACAGGAUCUGCGUCUGCGAGUGCUGUUGCUCCCGGCUCAUCUGCACCGUCGGAUUUCCUCUCUGCUGAGGUGGCGCCAGGGCUGGGCGAGACUCUGGCGUCCGGCACACGUGGCACCGCGUGGCGAUUUGCUGUCGGGAAAUCCGACGGCUUGGUUCGAAUCCUGGCGUUUGCAAAUUUCAGCGAGAAAAUCGUGAUGGCACCUGCUGCUGCUGCUGCUGGGGGCGGUUCAGGUGGAAGGAAAGCAGUUGCAGGGUCAGAAGGGGGUGGGGUUGUGAUGCAAGCAGUGGAUUACAGUGUGACGCCCCCUAUAGUCACAUCCGCUGCGUCGUCCGCUGCAGCGGCUGCCCUGGCAGCUGGGGGUGGCUCUGCUGUGACUAUAGCGAGCAGCUGGUUCACGCUCUGCACGGCUGCUGUGAUCCCCCUUUAUACGCUCAUGAUCUUCGCGCCAGACUGGCACGUGACGGAGAAGAUCAUGGGCAGCUCGCUGCCGAGCAUUCUCCUGGGUUUCGUGUACCUCUAUCUGCUCUACAAGUCGUGGACGCCCAACACGCUGCUCUACAUGUUCUCCUCCAAAUACUGGCUGCCCGAGCUAGCGGGCAUCACGCAGAUGUUCGCCAGCACGCUCACUGUCGCCUCUGCCUGGAUCCACCUGCUGGCCGUUGAUCUCUUUGCCGCCAGGCAUGUGUAUCUGGACGGCUUAAAAGAGAAGCUGGAGACGCGGCACUCGCUCGUGCUCUGCCUCAUGUUUGGCCCUCUGGGCAUCGCCGCUCACUCCCUCACCAAAACCAUUGCGCAGGUAAGCCACGUGUCAAGCCAAAUCCCGAACUAG